AGCAGCAUCAGCAGCAUCAUCAGCAUCAUCAGCAGCAUCAGCAGCAUCAGCACCAUGGUGACUCAGGACCCUGACCAAGGAGUUGCCAGCUCAACUGAGCUCACGAAUUCAUUAUUUACUUGGAAUGACACAGCAGGUAGUUGAAUCGGCUUCCACCCAUGCACGGACCACUCGGCGAGCGGAGCUGCCAUCUGUGCAACCGGAAGAAGAUCCGCUGCAGCAAAACCACGCCGUGCAACCAUUGUGUUCGACUUGGCCUAGCUUGUAUCCUCCCAAGGCCGUUUGUCUUUGGCUACUUGUCACUCGCAGAUUCUCUCCGCGAAUACCAUCCCACCACAACUCACAGCCUGGGGUUGUGGCAGGCUUACGAGCAGAACGUAGCACCCGUUGUUACCAUAUUUCAUAGACCCUCUCUUCAUAGAAUGAUCACCAGAACUUCGACUAACUCAGAGCAUCUCGACCCAUCUUCCGAAGCUGUGGUCUUUGCGGUCUAUUUCGCCGCAGCAACAAGCAUGAGACCGGAGGAUUCGGGUUUCCUUCAAUCACCGAGUCUGUCUGUAAUCCAGGCAGCCGUGCCCUUCCUCACCUGUCUCCGAGAUGCAGGCGACGCCGACUUUAUCUGGACCAUGGUGGCGGCCGUACAUCGGCUAGCCCAAGGGCUUGGGCUACAUCGCGAUGGAACACACUUCGGACUUGCCCCAUUCGAAACCGAAAUGCGUUGGCGGCUUUGGUGGUCGAUCUACCUCUUAGACACUCAGUCGUCCGACUAUGACACGAGGCUAUCAUUAAACAUCAAGGACUCUGACAUCGCACUGAAGUCUACAGCCGUACCAGAGGUGCUUAACCGUCUUGUGGCAUCCCCAAAGCCGAGUCAGUUGUUCUUGGCUGCCGUUGAGGUGGUAGAGUUUGCCUAUCUCUUAGAGACGGAUCUGAGGACAUCGAAAUGGCCGUGGCUCUUUGGAGGCUACAUGCAAUGA